CAUUCAUCGGUUAUUCAAGUUAUUCAAUCGGGACGAGAAUACUUGUUCAUAUCGAGACUGACUCGUUUUCUAAUUAAGGUGCAACGUUCAGGUGAGCAGCAUGCAAUUGAAGACGUUGGUUAACCAUGGACUGUGGUUCUGGAUACUGUUGGUACCCUGCUUGGCCGUCACCUUUGAGGAUGGGACUUCCGGUGACGCUGAAGGACGCGAGAACCAUGCGCCGAAAGUACAGGAACAAAUACAAGAGCAGAUUCCUUUCAACAAGACGCGACAAGGAAAGGGUCUCUUCGACUGGAUAGGUUUAGGAACAGGUCGAAACGUGGAUCCCUAUGUGGCGAAGACGAAUAAGGGUUGUUUAAAUGGAGACUUGGCGGAGUGUUUCAAGUCUCAGGCUCUUGAUUAUUUUUCGGAUUUCUUUGAUCAACCGCAGUAUAAUCUGAAUGAGUAUGUGAAGGUUGUGAGGAUGUCGAGGGAUGUGGUGAAGGAAGUUAGUCGCGAGCCGUAUGAGUAUUCUGGAGAACCGAGGUCCAGCGACUCCGAGUGGGACCAACUAAUGAAAUUCGCUUUGCGAAAGCUAGAAAAGUUUGUGAAAACCGUCGCCAUCGAAUUACACGUGCCCUCAGAAGAAACCGGAGCGAACGAGGUGUACGCUCCUCGAUUUUUAGACGAAAUCGCAGACGAAAUCGACACGAUCGAAGAUAAAAAGGACUCCCUCUUCUCUCGAAAUCAGCUGCGGAAGCUCCUCAUACCGAUGCUCAUCGUGUUGAAGCUCUUCAAGUUAAAGCUGCUGUUGUUCCUGCCUUUGAUCCUGGGUCUCGCGUCCUUCAAGAAGUUCCUCGGCUUCUUAGCGAUCGUUAUACCCGGAGUGAUCGCCUUCUUAAAAUUGUACAAACCACUCUCGCAGAGCUAUCAUCCCCCGGUUUAUAGCCAGAGCGGAAUAGGCUACCCUUAUUACAAGGACAACUCGAAUAAUUACGCUUAUGAGCAGGAUGUUCAUCAUGGACCCGAGUAUCAAGGUUAUCAAGGAGAUACUGUGUCCUUUGGACAGGACCUUGCUUAUCGAGGCUACAGAGAGUAUCAGUCAUAGAGAUUUAGUUGUAAAAUUGAUUAUUUAUUGGGUUAGAGUUUUUGGUGGCUCUCUGGAGAGUUUGACCUCAUAGGGUUAGUUUCUUUUGUUUAUUUUUUAUUACUUUUCUACAUCCAUACCCAAUUUCUGGAGUUUUAAAUUUC